AUGGCAGACAAUAUCUACGAUGAGAUCGAGAUUGAGGACAUGACCUACGACGAGACGCUCCAGACGUACCACUACCCAUGUCCAUGCGGCGAUCGCUUCGAGAUCAACAUCGAAGACUUGCGCGACGGCGAGGAGAUUGCAGUGUGUCCCAGUUGUAGUCUUCAGAUCAGGGUUAUCUUUGACGUCGACGAUCUGCCCAAGCCUGAUGGCGACGCUGCUGCACAGCAGACUCCGGCCCAGCCCCAGCAAGUGGUUGCCGCAUCUUGA